AUGGAUAUCUCAGUACUGGGGCUCUACCUGCUUUUCGUGUCCGUUCUGCUCCUUUUCUUGGUGCCUACUGCCGAGUCCACCAUUCUCCUGUGGGCCUGCUUAUAUCGGCUGGAAAUCUGUCCCUUUAGGACCACUACAGUCGUUGGCUAAUAAUCGGGAUGAAAGCAUCUGAAUUGUAUUUCCGAUAAA